CUCCCCCUGCCCCGUUCCCGUGCGCCUCCGUCUCCCGGCUCUGGUUUCCCACUCGCAUUCCUGGCCGUGGAUCUGCUUGCCCCGGGCAGCCCCCGCGCUUCUCCUCCGCACUGCCCCACCCGCGGCCUGCGCACUCCUCGCUUCCUGCUUUUUAACGAGAUGUCGGAAGAUCAGCACAGUGACCACUUUAAUCAAGAGGGAGGUGAAGAUGUAGUUGAUGCAAGGCCAGACAGAAGUAGCAGAUUCUCACUUUUUGGAAAAAAAAAGAAGAAUGGAGAAGAAGAGCAGCCAAAGCCCUCCCUCAGUAAUCAAUACCGAAUUGUUACACCCACAUUCCAGUACAAUAUGGACUACAAGAAAGUUGGUAAAUGUAUUAUUAUAAACAACAAAAAUUUUGAGGACAAAACAGGAAUGGGUACACGCAAUGGCACUGAUAAAGAUGCUGGAGAUCUGGCUAAGAGUUUUAAAAACUUAGGUUUUGAGGUUUAUACAUACAAUGACCGAAGCCGUGAUGAUAUGGAGAAAUUACUGAAGCAAGCUGCUGAGGAGAAUCACAGCGAUGCCGCUUGCUUUGCCUGUAUCCUUCUGAGCCAUGGGGAAGAAGGACUCAUCUAUGGCACAGAUGGACCCAUGGCUAUCAAGAGUUUGACCGCACUGUUCAGAGGAGACAAGUGUAAAAGCCUUAUAGGCAAACCCAAAUUAUUUUUCAUUCAGGCAUGCAGAGGCUCUGAAUUUGAUGAAGGUAUACAAACUGACUCUGGACCUGCAAAUGACACUCUGGAAACAGAUGCCAACCCGAGAUACAAAAUCCCAGUAGAAGCAGAUUUCCUGUUUGCAUAUUCCACAGUGCCAGGUUAUUACUCCUGGAGAAAUCCUGGAAGAGGCUCCUGGUUUGUGCAGUCUUUGUGCUCUGUGCUAAAUGAGCAUGGAAAACAACUUGAGAUCAUGCAGAUCCUCACACGGGUCAACUAUGUGGUUGCCACCAAUUUUGAAUCCCAGUCGGAUGAUCCACGCUUCAGUGAGAAGAAGCAGAUUCCCUGCGUGGUCUCUAUGCUCACGAAGGAACUUUACUUCUGAAAGUGUAUUUUAAUGCAGCCAGCAAUGAAAGAUCAGGAUAUGGUGUUGGGUGGAGAUUUGACUAUAAACAGGAGUCAAUACAUUUUUAAUAACAGAUAUGUAAUAACACUAGAUUUUUAUAUCAUAUAAGCUCAAGUAUCUGAUGGAUGGACAAUAUGCAAUAUUUUAAAGAAGUAAAUGCUGGGGGACAGCUGUUAGGAAGAAGAAUAUGGUUGACUGCACAUUACACAACUCAAAAUUAUGGUAUCUUGAUUUCCAUUACUGUGGCUGUCACGAUAUUUGGCUGCUGAACAAGUUCUGAGAAUCACCUUCCUGACCCAUAAAGGUUUUUCCCAGAAAGCAGAUUGUAAAUUAAGAAUAAAACAAAAGUUCGUGAGACUCCUUCUCUUUUACUACUAGCUCAUGGAACCAUUAUCUCCUCAGAAAUUUCCAAAGACCAUCAUAUUAUUGGGUAUGUCCAGUGACAAACAGUUUGUAGCUAUUUAAAAGGGUGUUUCUUAGUCUAAUUUCCUUUUAAUGAACAUUAGUAAUGAAGGCUAAUGGUUGCUCUGUGCUUAACCUGGAAGUCAAUUUACUUAGUUGUCACUCUAGCAUAAGAUGAAUGUAUUAAAAAAUCAAUAUUUAUAGGUGAUUUACCUGAACAAUAUGGAAAUGUAACAAAUAGAAAAAUGAAAUUCAAAACCCUUGUAAAAGAUUGGCAAACUUUAAUUGGUAUUGCAGUUUUUCUGCUUGCAGAAAGGAGCAUGUCUGCUUGUUGAUUCAGAAUUUUUGAACCCUCAGAAGGUUAAUGGCAAGGUUUUGUUGUAAAACAUUAAAAUUUAAUGUUGAAAUGAUAGAAUUAUAUGUUCCAUUAACAAAUGUAUGUUUAGAUUUAACUUCUAUUUGUGAGGAGUUUUGCCAAAACUGUAAAUGCUUACUUGAAUCAGAAACCAGAAGUGCCUUCUUAGUUACUGUAUGGUCUUGAUUUUGUGAUUCAGAGUUACGUUGGUGAUGUUUAUAUUCCUACUUUUUAUAUACUCUUUAUAGUUGGUAGGUAGCUCACAAAAGUGAAUUUAAUUAUUUGGUUAAACUGAUAAAUGAUGAGUUGUUCACUCUUUUCCCAGUUAAUGUACUCUAUACUCUUUUGCAAUCCUCUAAGAAAGUAAGUACAUACUAUUAAGGCCAAGUUACAAAAUUGUUAAGUUUAUUUUCUUACAAAUACUGUGACAUAGUGAGACAUAUAUUUUUUUCAUAAGUCAAAUUUACAGUUGUUUAAAUUAAAUAAAUGGUUGUUUUAUGAACAUAUUGAGCAUGACAUCAA